AAAUAUAGUGGUCUUGUAAACGCCUUGUUUACAAGACCGCGGUAACUAAAUACAAAUAUACUCUUCGAUACACUUGAAUAGAAUGUAUGUUCUAGCCAUGUAACCGUAUUCUAUUAUAUUAUUAUUAUCUAUGAACUAAACGCAUUGCAUAUUUUAUAACCUGACCGAUCACGACUCGCAUAAUGUUUCGCAGGUUUCACAGGUUUCGUACUUACUAUAUUGUGGAAAAUGGCUCACUAUAACUUUAACAACAUUGCAUACGAUUUUUAUAGUCUAUGAUCGUAUUUCGGAAGCAAAAGUAAUUGACGGUAAAACGGCGUCUGCCAUUGGAGAAUAGUAAAAUACAAAACUGUUUGGCACGCUCUAGAUUUGAUAUUCAAUACCUACGCCAUGUGUUAUGGAAAUCUGCACCCGACUUCCGGUACCGGACGCAUACUGGUGUUGGUGUACUCGUUGAUCGGCAUCCCUCUCAACGGUAUCGUGUUGACGCAACUGGGAAGCUUUUUUGAAUCCAGAAUUCUCCGAGCUCAUUACAGCUACAAGACGCAAAGGAUGAUGGGACCCCAACUGAGCCUCAUCCUGGACAUAGUAACGUACCUUAUACCCGGAAUAAUUGUCUUCAUCUUCCUCCCGGCUGGAAUCAUAUCCUUUUUUGAAGAGUGGACGUUCGACGAGAGCGUAUACUUCACCUUUGUCACGUUGACCACCAUCGGCUACGGAGACUAUGUCGCCGGGCAGAAAGUCAACACGGGAAUAUCGUACGACGCGUACAAAGUUUUUCUGGUGUUUUGGAUCAUGUUCGGUCUUGGUUACCUGUUCAUGAUACUCAGCUUCAUAUCGAGGGCGAUGCGGUCCAAGACGCUAGAACACCUGUUCCUGGAACGGCUUAAACAAACCCACUCGAAAAUCUGGCACCAGUUCACCAAGGACGUCGUAUAUAUCAGACGCGUGCUCAACGAGUCGUACCUGUUGAAGUUCAAACCUGUUUACAAGAAAGAGGCGUCGUCACGUGACCAACCACUCAGGCGGAGCCGGAGCGCGCCGAACUUGACUGAGUGGCCGGUGUUGUGCAAGGCACCGGCGGCGGUGCCAGCGGCGUGCCGGACGUCCGACGACGAGGACGAGGAAGCGGUGCGCCAGCGGUUCGAGAAGCACCGGAUGAAGCGCCGGCGGGCCCUGUCCCAGAACAAGAUGCGGUCGCUGCUCCGGCGCACUAAGGCAACGUCCGAGAUCGACUUGGCGCACAUCGACAAGGAGGCCACGUUUGGUGCAGACAUAGCGUCUUACGAGAUCCUGUCACGGGUGGUCGACGCCUUGGAGACGGCCGUGCCUAACCAGCCGGGAGACCACCAGCACCAGCAUCAGCACCAGCACCAGCAACCGCCCGUCAAUCACCAUUUGCAUCCAGACGCCGCGUAUUCGAGUAAGAAAAAAGCGAUGUCGUUCUCCGAGGGCGUGCAUGGGUUCACGAACGAGGACAUACUAGCCGGCGAAAAGAACGAGUGGACAGUCGGCGGUGACAUGCUGAACAGAGAAAACACGUUCGGGCCCAAACACAGAAAUUCGUAUUUCGAGUACGACACGUGGGGUGGAGGUGACGAUCAGAAUUUCAAAAAGUUCAACGAAUACACGAAACACGGUAAUGGUGGCCAGAACAAGCCGCGGGUACCGAAGCUGCGUCGCAUGUCAGCGGCUGCGUUCAACUUUUUGUCCAACAACAUCGCACCAAAGUGGUUUGCUGACAAGCUGGCCGACGGAAACAGUGGCGGCGGUGGUCAGACCUGGAAUGAUGACCCUAGACACAGGCUGUCGCUGAACGACGACCAGGGUUACGGUUACGGGUCCACGCACAACGGCAUAUCGGCGGUCAACCGCACCAGCGCGCCGGUACAGUAUCACCACCGCGGGUCGCAAGGCCUGCAAGUGGUGCCAGACCCACACGUGUACGGAUCAUCGGCACCCGAAAACCAGCGACACCGGCGGCUGUCCAGCCCGGACCCGGUGCUCGCGCACUGCGCAAACACCAUCGCCGUAGCUGACUUUUUGAUGACGUUGCAGCGGUCACUUGACGGUUCGUCCGUCACGGGACAGCAGCCACCGCUGUCAUCUGGAACACACCACGUCGCUAACCGGUCGGCGGUCACCGGUGGCGGAUUCGCGUCCGUCAUCCGCCACGAACGUCGAUCACCGCUUUUCACGCUGUUCCAAGACAGGCCACGGCGGGCGUCCGGUGAAUCGUGGCAGUACUCGUCGCUGACGUCCAUCGUGUCGUCCACGUCAUCCACGGUGGCCAACACGACGACGACGACGCCGGUCACCGAUGACUGUACCAUAAACGCGGUCCUCGAACAGCCCGCGGCAGCUGCAACCACGAGGAGGUCAAAGAAGAAGCGCACGAGACGGUUCUCGAUUAGACCGACAGUGGGGACGACAGAACCCAACGGCGGCGUACGGUGUUGGACGACGUCCGGAACCAACAACACCACCUGUGGCACCACCGACGACUCCGCCCUCAAGGGAAGAGGAGCCGCAAUAGGACUGGGUGCGGGAUAUAUAGGAGCCGGCGGAGGAGACGUCCGACUAAAUAUCGAAGACUGAUGGCGGACGACGUGACACACACCGCCCGCCCACCCACCUAUCCAUCCACCGACCCACCGACGAUAACACCAUAACAAUUAUUGUUUCACGGCCGGAAGUACGCAUCGAUCGCUUUUGUAGAUUGAUCGUCGUCCGCUGUCGUCGAUAAAAGUAUAAAUAUAUGUAUAUAUAUAUGCACACAUAACACGGAACAUCUAUUUAUAUAUAUAUAUUAUAUUUCAUGAGUUAUGAUUGUUCAUAACGAUUAUUAUACGUUUUUACUGCAUUAUUAAUUAUUUUAUAAUAUUAUAAUUUAUUGAAAAUUUUUUUUCAAUUUACAACGGACGACGUCAUGAUAUUAUUCUGUUACCGUUGUGUUAUUUAUUUUACUUAACUAUGUAUACAAUGUGAUAUAUUAUCCAACCAACACACGCGGUGCGUAUGAUAUUAUAAAAAAUAAAAUUUUAAAAAUUUAUAAAAAAAAAA